AUGUCAGGCCAGAAGCACAGGUGGCUCCAGAGCCAAAACACUGGUGGGAACCGGCUCCGGCCGUCGUCGUCUCUCCGGCUAUCCAAUACGUUGUCGUCUUCGCGAUUGGGAAAUCAGCGCGCUAGGGAAGGAGGCUGGUCGGCCCCGGCCGGGACCACCGCGGGCGCCAUCAAACGGCCUUCUUCGUGA